CUUGGAGCUCAAGAAGCACACCGUGAAGGAGGAUUUAACAGCCACAGGUGUGCCAGUGUUUCUACAACAGGAUUAAUAUGAUCCGGUGGACGAUGCUGAUGGCUUUGUAUGUGACUGUCAUCUCAGCCACAUAUGAUGUUUAUGAGCAGCAGUCCUAUAUGGACCCAGAGGAUGUACUGAGUGUCAUCAUUCCCCUGGAGGGUCCACAGCGCCCUCUGCUGGGGGGAACGCUGCUGUUACCGUGCUACUUUGAGGAUCACACUGUUGAUGACCCUGGAGCUCCCACCAUUGCCCCCCUGUCUCAUCGGAUCAAAUGGAGCUUUGUGACUAAAGAAAAGGUCACAACCAUCAUUGUGGCCCGGGGGGGGAAAGUGCGUAUCACUGAGAACUACGAGGACAGAGUCCAGCUGGUAGCUUAUCCUGGGACCCCGACAGACGCUAGUAUCAGGAUAUCCGAGCUGCGUUCCAGUGACACGGGAGUGUAUCGCUGUGAGGUUCAGCACGAUAUCGAGGACAGCCACAGCAUCGUGCACGUCCAGGUUCAAGGUAUUGUCUUCCACUACAGGGCCAUCAUGGGACGCUACAGUUUGACCUUUGAAAAGGCGAAGGCAGCGUGCACCCAGAAUAGUGCAGUAAUGGCUUCACCUGAACAGCUCCAAGCAGCGUACGAUGACGGUUUUCACCAGUGUGACGCUGGCUGGCUCUCUGAUCACACAGUCAGGUACCCAAUCCAGAGUCCUCGUAUGAACUGUUACGGUGACAAAGUAGAACUGCCUGGAGUCAGGACCUACGGCGUGAGGGAUCUCAAUGAGACUUAUGAUGUUUACUGCUUCGCUGAGAAGAUGACAGGCAGAGUUUUCUACACUGCGACUGCAGAGAAGUUCACCUUCUCUGAGGCUGCGUUGGCGUGCUCUCAUAAGGGUGCUCAGCUGGCCACUACAGGUCAGCUGUACCUGGCCUGGCAAGGAGGGAUGGAUGUCUGCAACGCUGGCUGGCUCGCAGACAGGAGUGUCCGCUAUCCCAUCAACAUUCGUAGGUCACAGUGUGGAGGCGGGCUGAUCGGGGUACGGACUGUUUAUCUUCACACAAACCAGACAGGAUAUCCUCUUCCCGAGUCUCGCUGUGACGCCUUCUGUUACACAGAGUCGACUGAUGAAGACGGUUCAGGCAUGACAGAGGACGGCAGUGGUGUGCUGAGAGUCACCACAGUGACGCAGACCCCACAGGUGUUCUUCAGGAGCACGACGACAGAGAGUGAGGCCGCCGGAGAGGUGGAGACUAUGAUGCCUACUAACGUGGACUUCACCUACACAGAAAGCCCCACCGACCUGCCUCUGGCUGAGCCGCCAAACAUCACCGAGUCCGUCACUGAUCUGAUAGAGUCAGCCACAGCACAGCCAGAUGUUGGCAGGGAGCUACACAAAGGCUUUGUGAUACCUCCAACCGGCAUGGUCUUCCAUUACCGUUCAGCUGCUGGCCGCUACGCCUUCACUUUUGUCGAGGCCCAACAAGCCUGCCAGAGUGUUGGAGGCUCAAUUGCCACGCCGCAGCAGCUGCAGGCAGCGUAUGAAGCUGGAUACCAGCAGUGUGACGCAGGUUGGCUACUGGAUCAGACUGUAAGGUAUCCUAUCGUUUACCCUCAAGAAGGCUGUGUUGGAGAUCUGGGAGAUCGACCCGGGGUUCGAUCCUACGGUCUGAGGCCAGCACACGAGAGAUACGAUGUGUAUUGCUACACUGACGGGCUCAAAGGAGAGGUUUUCCACAUUGGAUCAGCUGAAGGUUUCACUUACAGUGAGGCUGUUUGUAGCUGUCAAGAGCAGAACGCCACAGCGGCCUCCACAGGACAUCUCUAUGCUGCCUGGAAAAUGGGCUUUGACAAGUGCCGUGCAGGCUGGCUACUAGAUCGCAGUGUGCGUUAUCCCAUCAACAAUCCACGUGCGGAGUGCGGAGCGGGGAAAAUAGGAGUGCACACUGUGUACAAUCACCCCAACCAGACUGGCUAUCCUGAACUUGAUGCCAGAUUUGAUGCUUACUGUUUCAGAGCUGACAUUCAGCUUAUUGCAAAUGAAACUGGACUGAACGUCACAGAAAUUGAGGAGGCUCUACUAAAUCUGACAUCAGCUACCCAUUUGUUACGACCUGCUGUUCCCUCCAUAUCUCCUCCCAUCGAUGUAGAGACUUCAGGCUCUGGUUCAGGCUCAGCAGAAACUUCUGUAGUAGAUUACACAUCUGGAGGUCACUCUGGAGAAUCGUCUGGAUCUGGAGAUAAGGUUACUUCUGGAGAUGGCUCUGCUUCUGGAGACCUCCCUUCCUCUGGCUCUGGAGACCUGGCUGUCAGUGCGAGUGCGGACCUACCCAGCGGAGAAUCAGGUCCCAGCAGUACAGAUGUUUCUGGAUCAGGUAGUGGAGAAGGGUCCACGAUCAGUAUUCUUUUUUCAGGCACUGACUCCACUCCUUCAGGCAAAGACUCAGGUUCUGGAGGACCUCAAGAAGCUGGAGAGGGAAGCACAGAGAUCCUUACUUUCCCUUCAUCUGAUGUGGGAUCUGGAGUGCUGAGUGGUAGCGGGGAUGCGUCCUGGUCUGGAUCCGGCUUCAGUUCUACAGAAAGUGGUUCUUCCACAGAAAUGUCCUCUGGUUUCGUCACCAGUCAGGAGUUUUCUGGCUCUAGCAGUUUACCAUCCAAAUUUUCCUCUGGAAGUGGUAGUGGACAGUCAGGAGAGCUUUCAGAGAGUGGAGACACUCAGAUCUUAUUGAUAGAUGAUAAACUGAUUGAUGCAACCACCUCCAGUAAAUACAGUGAGCUUAGUGGAGACUUCUUCAGUGGCUCUGGGGACUUUUCAGGAUCAGGCAUUCUCAUUUGUGAUCUUAAUGGAGAUUGCAGUGGAGACCUCAGUGGAGACCUCAGUGGAGACCUCAGUGCCUCAGCCUCUGGAGGGUUUUCUGAAUUUUUCCCUGGUGUGACUUUGGUGGGUUCAGGGUUCACUGAAGUGACAGGGUCAUCGUCAUCUGGGGUUUUACUCUACAGUUCUGCAGAGGGAAGUGGUGGAUAUCUGUCUGGAUUUGGAAGCUCAAGUUUUCAUUCUCUGUCUGGAUCAGGACUUUCUGGAUACGAGUCCUCUACAAGUGGAGAAGGAGGCAGUGUUACCUUCCUGUCUGAGGAUGUAAUGACAAAGGUAUCUGAAAACACAUCACCAGAGGGCUCAGGCACGCUGUUUUCGAAGCUUGGUAAGGGGCCUUUGGAGUACAGUGGAGGAGGAAGUAGUAGUGACAGUGGCUCUUACCCUGGGAGUGGAGACUCUCACUCAUCUGCUGCCAGCAUGACUUUUUCAGAAGACCCUUCGAGACAUCUGCUAGUGGCCUAUCCCAUCAUUGAGUGCCGUGUGACAGAGAGCACCACAGGACCACAGGAGGACCCUAAUGACGUGCCAGAGACCCCCGAUGAUGUCCCUGUAAUUCUGGUCCCUGCGGUUGUCCCGGCAGGACUAGCUGCACCUCCCAUUACAGUUGCGCCACGCUCUGUUCAGACAUCAGGCCCUGUUGAAGGACAUGUUGGCGCAUGUGAACCGAACCCCUGUGGCGAUGCUUCAUGCACUGCAGAGAACGGCUUUGCCUUCUGUGACGAGGUAGAUGUGUGCCGUUCCGACCCUUGUGCCAAUGGAGCCACCUGUGUGGAGACUGUAGACUCUUUCAAAUGCUUAUGCCUGCCCAGCUACGGAGGGGAGCGCUGUGAGAUCGAGGAGCAGCUGUGUGAAGACGGCUGGACUAAGUUUCAGGGGAACUGCUACCGACACUUCACCGAGAGAGAGGCGUGGGUGACAGCGGAGCAGUGCUGCCGCGAUCACAACGCCCACCUGGUCAGCAUCAUCUCCCCAGAAGAGCAGCACUUUGUCAACGCAAAUGCACAAGACUACCAGUGGAUCGGGCUGAAUGACAAGACCGUAGAGAAUGACUUCCAGUGGACUGACGGCACUCCUCUGCAAUACGAGAACUGGAGGCCGAACCAGCCGGACAACUACGUGAACUCUGAAGAAGAUUGUGUGGUGAUGAUCUGGCAUUCUGACGGCCAGUGGAACGAUGUACCCUGUAGCUAUCAUCUGCCCUUCACCUGCAAGAAAGGCUCAGUGUCCUGUGGUGCCCCGCCGGAGGUGUCCAAUGCUUGCAUGUUUGGCAAAAAGAGGGUGGUGUACCCCGUCGGCUCCAUCAUUCGUUAUCGGUGCAAUCCAGGAUUUAGACAGCGCCAUCUACCGCUAGUGCGAUGUCAACCAGACGGACAGUGGGAAAAGCCCCAAGUGAAAUGCACUGAUGUGAAAAGUCAAAGGAGAGCACAGAGGAGGAGCCUCAGGAGUCCAGAACGCAACAGCCGGCAUCACUAAGGAGUAAAAAUAGCAAUUUAUUAUUUCAAAAGAACAUUAAUGGGACACAAAAAUGAAUUUUCUAUUUUUUCUGGAACGCCCACAUGGGAGUGGCUACACCAUGGUAAUGUGAUUUUUUCCCUGUCGCUCCUAUCCUUAUUUUAUUGUUCUAGUUGUUAAUGGUUAUUGUGUGUAACAUAUUUUUGUUUAGUAUUGCUGGGACACUGAUUCACAGAUACGUUCAGUCUGGUUCACCUUAGUCUGCAGUAGAUGUUACCAUAGAGACGACGCUGGUGCAGGAAUCAUGUUAACAUGAUUCAUGAAGCCAGGCACCAAAAAGUCUACGUUUGGGUGUAUGUGGCAUGCCGGAGAUACUUCUCCUGCAGGUUCAAGGUUCAAGGUUAUUCCUUCAUUUUCAAAUUCAGCUGAGGUUCAGUUGAAGAUUUACACAGUAGUGUAAGUAGUGCACUUACAAUUAAAAUGCAUGAGCAUGUAAGACAGCUCUAAAGCUGAGAGAUCCCUAACAGGCCGCACACAUGAAGAUAUAUGAGUUCAGUCAUUUGGACCUUUGGGUCAUGUUUGGGCAUAAAUGAUCCAAGGUGGUUUCAUUUAGACUGCAAAGACCUGGGGUUGUUUUUCCGAGUGUCACAUAAUCCCUGAACAGGAUAAGCUUAGUUUACCAAAGUCUGACUUUGUAACAAACUGAGGACAUAAAGUCACAAUGGUUCUCACUAGUUCUCAUUAAAUAAAUCAGUAAUAUUGUGAAUUUAUCUGUGAUUUUAUUGUUGGUAUACAGCUGAGAGGUUCAUUCAACUACUGUGGCGAUCCAUGUUAUGCAAGAACUAGCCAAAAAUCUAUAUUACUUAAUAUGAAUAUUAUAUUUGCUUACUGCAUAGAAAGAAGAUUCAGUAAAGAAGAAUUCAGUACUUGUGUAUUAUUGACAUUUUGUAUGAAAUCUCAAUAUUACUGUGUGAGCAGAACGGCCUUAUGGACAUGAAGCGUGGCCGAGCUAAAUCCAGUGGAUGAGACAGGUGAAAAAAACACAAGAAGGAAUAAUUUAAAGUGAACAAAAGCAAACAGCCAACGGUCCAAUAUGCUUCAUUACUGGGCCAGUAACUAUAGUCCAAGACAACAGCAGCAUUAGCAGCACACACGAGCUUCUGCUCAGCUCAAGCUUUAUUUCUUAAGUAUGUUGUGCCCAAAGCCAUCAGUUUGUCACGCAGGCUGGUUUUAGUGUUCUCUUCUAUGUUCAGGCAUUAAUCAUCUGCCACGAGCUGUGCAGCGCAUAGCUUCUCAGUGGAGCUACAACAACGAACCUGUUUCCUGUUUCAUGCCUGUAACGUCAGAUGAAACGCACGGAGCCCGUCAGAGGCCAUGUUUCUGUGCAAACACAGGAUCUGUUUGUGUGGAGUCAUGUCUGCAGAGUUCUUCUUCUGUGCCAAAGAGUUCAUUGUGUGUUUGGUGUUUCUUGAUCAUUCUGGCACAGUUCUCUCAUCAUGCUAAAUACAUUUAGCAGCCACUUUAUUAGGUACGCCUAUGCAUUCCAGUAAUGCACUCAUGUCAGCGAGUCAAAGCUUUUAGUCAUGCAGACACACAGAUGGGGAACUCAUGUUUCUGUUGUCACAGAUAAACUGGGACACACUGUAGUAAAAUGUCACCUUAUGGGACCACAGGGGCUCUUUGCUGCAGACAUUACAGUUUCUUUAUUUCCCAACUUUGACUGCAUUCAUUCAUACACUUGUUUUAUGUCACUGAUGCUGUACACGGAGGCUGUGCCUCUUUAAAAAACAUAAACCAAAGAGCAACAAUUCACCUUCAAAGCUGUGCAUGUUUCUGACAUAGAUGCAUUUUAUUCAGUAAAAAAGAUUCUACUCUAUAGUUUCUAUUGUUGUCUAUAUGACAGUGUUGUUGGUUUGAUUA